GCGGCUGCUCCACGCACACGAACCACGAGCCGGCACCGACGCAGACAUGCGGGCCACCGAGCGCGGAAUCAGUUGGAGACUUUUUCUAUUUUCCUGCCUGUUUUUGGAGAGUUCGUCUCAAGGCUUUGGCGCACAGACGCAGUUCAUCUGCACGUCCGUGCCCAAGGAUAUGGACAUAUGCGCCGCGACUUUGCAGAACAGCGUGCCGGGAGACGACUUGAAGACCACCGUCAUGCAGCUGCGCGAGACGGUGUUGCAGCAGAAGGAGACGAUCAUGAACCAAAAGGAGACCAUCAGGGAACUGACCUCAAAGUUGUCGCGAUGCGAGAGCCAGAGCGGCGCGGAGCCCGGGGGCAGGAGGAAAGACCCCGGGAGCAAGAACACGAUGGGGGACGUAUCGAGGGGCCCCGCGGACACUUUGGCGCAACUAUCACAGACUUUACAGUCGCUGAAGCAGAGAUUAGAAAACCUGGAGCAAUUCAGCAGAAGUAACAACUCGGUGCAGGCGAACAGCCUCAAAGACCUGCUCCAAAGCAAAAUCGACGACCUGGAGAAGCAGGUGUUGUCCCGAGUGAACAGCGUGGAGGAGGGGAAGCCCGGACCCCGCAACGAGACGGAGCAGCGCGGCAGAGUGGAGUCCACCCUCACGUCGCUCCACCAGAGGAUCACCGACCUGGAGAAAGGUCAGAGGGACAACAGGCCUCUGGAUAAAUUCCAGCUCACGUUCCCACUGAGAACCAACUACAUGUACGCGAAGGUGAAGAAGAGUCUGCCGGAGAUGUACGCCCUCACCGUGUGCAUGUGGCUCAAGUCCAACGCGUCCCCGGGAGUGGGCACGCCUUUCUCCUACGCGGUCCCGGGUCAAGCCAACGAGCUGGUGCUCAUCGAGUGGGGGAACAACCCGAUGGAGAUCCUGAUCAACGACAAGGUCGCCAAGCUGCCUUUUCUCAUCAACGACGGGAAGUGGCAUCACAUCUGCGUGACCUGGACCACUCGCGAUGGCGUUUGGGAAGCGUUCCAGGAUGGCGUCAAGAGAGGGAGCGGAGAGAACCUGGCUCCGUAUCACCCCAUCAAGCCCCAGGGCCUGCUGAUCCUGGGUCAAGAGCAGGACACGCUCGGUGGAGGGUUUGACGCGACGCAGGCCUUCGUCGGAGACCUGGCCAAUUUCCACAUCUGGGAUCGUAAACUAUCCGUGGGGGAGAUAUACAAUCUGGCGACGUGCAGCAGCAAAGCGCAAGUGGGCAACGUUUUCGCGUGGAUGGAGACGAGCCUCGACAUUUACGGAGGGGCCUCGAAGUGGACAUUUGAAGCUUGUCGCCAGCUCAACUGAACUGCGGGUCGAAGAAGAGGUGGAUGCUUUUGUUAAAGCCACUCCGUCGUCACAGCCUUGGUAAAGCCAUUUGAGGAAAGAAAGAAAAGAAGAAAAAAAAUCAGGAUCGUUUCAAUAGCAUCUGGAUUUGUGAUAGAUAUUUGAAAACAUCGUUCGUGGACACUUGAUAGAUUCUUUUUACCGAACACUCAUGUUCACUGCAAACGGGACACCUCGGCAUCCUGUGGCGCUUGAACGCACCGUCGGGCCGAUUUUGUGGUCGCGGCCGCUGGCGCUCCGGAGAGCAGAGGACGCUCCUCUGGGAUGGAGAUGUCGAGCCGGCAGGAAGUUGUGUAGUUUUUAACCAACGGAUGUCACGCGAUUUCAGCAAAACGACGGACUUCUUUCAAAACGUCUCCUCCGUCUCGACUGCCAGGUUUCUCACUGUGAAAAAAGACGAGGUGGACUUCUCUAAAAAGAACGUGCUCUUGAGGAGGCCAUGAAAUAGACGGCUUUGUUUCCCUCUCACUAUUCUUUCUCUACCGCCACCUGCUUGACGUGAUUGUGUGUAAAGAGUUAUAUAUUUAUUGCCAACAUUUGAGCCUGAGUGCCUUGGGCCGUUGAAAACAAAAAAAAGACAAAAUCUCAGCACAUUGGUUAUGAUUUGCAGAGUGUUUGUGUUUAUUUUCUUGUGACGUCAUUUUUAAAAAGAGGUGUUUCUCGUAACACUCGGAAUGCGGUCAGAUCAGAUUGUUUCUUGAAAAAUGCAGUUCAUUGAUGAUGAUGGCGCAUUUUGGAUAUGUUUGUACUUCAAUGGGAAUGUUCUCUGUACAGUAACAGCAUGUCUUAACUUCUGUAAAUGCUGCGUCAGCAUCUAUGAUCUUUGCUUUUACUUUACGACUUUUGGGUUGAGAUUUUAUACUGUAUUGUUAUAUGCUUAAAGCAUGGCAACACGGACAGAUGAAAAAAGUUCUAGUUUUAAAUAAUAAAUUGUGAUACUUGAAUCAUA